AUGUAUGCCCUGGACUUCCCUGCAGAAGCACACCAUACAUCCCCUGCCCUGCUGCUCCCCGGCCCCUCGUGCCACCACCACCGCCCUCAUUUCCCUUCACCAGCUGAUGACCCUCUUAGUCUGCCGCACGACCCCCCUUCCCUGCACGAGAAUGAAAGCCCUGCAUGGAACCCUAACCGACAGCGUGGAGAUUCGAACCCGGGUCUGCAGCUUGAAGCGGUGCACUCAGGUUGCCAGCAGCCGGAGUUGAACCCGGGUCUGCAGCAGUACAGGGUGACAUACACCAAGUUUGAGGGCGACGAUGAGGACGUGGUGGGCUUGCGCCUGCGCCUGCGCUCGCGUCCUCUCACUCUGGAGGACUGUGCGCGCGUGCGCGAGGGCAUGGUGGUGGUGGCGUUCGUGAAGCACCCCGAGGGGGACCCCAGCGUGGAUGCAGAGCGUGGGGGAGUGCGCGCGCGCGCGCGGGAGGGCAUGGUGGUGGUGGCAUUCGUCAAGCACCCCCCCGAGGGCGACCCCAGUGUGGAUGCCGAGGUGAGGCGAGCUUGGGUUGCAGCUUGGACCGACUGUCUGGGUUGCUUCAUGGGUGAGACAGGGCAGGGCAUGGUGGUGGUGGCGUUCGUGAAGCACCCGGAUGGCGAGGGAGACCCCAGCGUGGAUGCAGGGUGCCCUCUUGUAUGCCACUUGGACUGUGCUGGUGCUGCUGGGGCCCAUGCUCUUUUAUCACCCCAGGUGCUUCUUUCUUAUAUCCUCUUCUCUCUUCCCCAAACCCCCACCCUGCAUCCCCCUCUCUCCUCUCAGGUGCACUACGAUGUGAGGGCUAUGGUGAUUCUAAUGAAGCUCCACGAGGUGCUUCAUGCAGCAAAAUCCCCCGCCCACACUCUUCUGUCUGUUCCCCUUCUCGCCUUAAUCUCUCAGGCGCUCUAUGAUGUGAGGGCAGUGGCGAUUCCAAGGAAGCUUCACGUGCAGCAGCAAACCACCUUCCUCUUCCCCCCUAUCCCCGCCCCGUUAUCCCCUCCUUCCUUCCCCUCGCAGGCGCACUAA